AUGAGAGAUCCUCCAAGCUCAAGAGAUUGGAAAGACUACUAUGACAGUCAAGAAACCUAUAUACCCCCUUCGUACCCUACCCAAACGCCACCUGUUUAUCCAAGAGCACAUUCACCACCCACGUCACCGAGAAGAUCGUCCAGAAAUCACUACACGCCAGUUUCAAGGGAACAAGUUCCGGGACAUGGCAGUCGUUGGGACCUAUUCAAGGGAUUGACGAUAUACAUUCAUCCGAGGGAGAAUGAAAGUUCCAAUGAGGCUUGGAACAGAAGGGAUCUGAUGGACAAGAUCAAGUACUACGGCGGAUCCUUAUCUGUCAAACCUAAUGCAUCUUACGUCACAACCAUCCUCAUUCACCUUCCUCAGACUUAUCCAAGACAUACGGUCAUGCUUAUUGAUCGACCCCAGGAAAUACCAAAGAUAGGCGAAUGGACGAGGGAUGAGUUAGUCCAGCACCUCGCGAGGGUAUCGUCAGCGGAUGAUAAUUGGGUGUACCGACGGGAAUCGAGAAAGAAGGUAUUGAGAGUUGAUUGGGCAGAAGAGUGUUUGAGGGAUGGGAGGAUUAGAGGGGAGAAUGAGAGUUGGAGUGGAUGGGAAGUAAGGGCUACAUACGAUCCAAAAUUGGUUAAUGACCAUAAUUCUUAUCGAACCCUUAGUUCUGACUAUGGUUUUAAUGAAUACCUAUCUGAACAAGGAAAUGAUAGACUUGAAGCGAGAGUCCAGCUGUCACCAAAAUCAUAUGCAACACCCGCUAAACACGUCGAAACGCUGGCCCAAGAUCCCAGAAAAUACCUACGAGCCAAAGCUGAUCAAUUAAGAGAUGAUCUGGUAGGGGACAGGGAGAAGACCGUCGGGUCAACUGCCAUUGAAAGACGACAUUCACAAGAGGAAGCGAAAAGAGUCAAAACCCAAGAAGAAGCUCCGAUAUCGAUCGAAGAGCCUGUGCCUACGUCUGGUACGCAUGCUACAGAUCUUUCCGGGUCGAACGAUUCACAAAGGGAUCGAUCACUCCAAUUGGAGGAUAUCCAAACUGACGAAAUUAGAGCGAAUAAUGGAGAACAAGUUGAGCAAAGUCAAGCUAAUGAUAUGGAAGCCAAAGGAGUGCAUAAGAUCAACACAGUAGAAGAACUUGGGGGCAACGGACAAGGUAUCAUCGUAGAUAUCCUUGUGAAGGAAAAGACCAGGAAGCAGGUCAAUGGAGAUAAAGAGGUCAGCUCUGCCGAUAUCAAAGAUGAGAAAGAGAGUCAGCCAAAGCCGGUAGAGGUUAAGCCCGAGGAUGGUGACAGUAAGAUUCAACCUCGUGAAAGCGAAGUUGAAGAGACUGAGAAUGGGACAGAAGAAAAUGAUAAGAAGCCGACACAAAGCCAGAACGACGUAGGAAACAACGAGAAUAAGAGCGAGGAUCAAGAGGAUGGUACGACCGAUAUCAAGCCAGUUAUUAUAGACGAUGACGAGGAACCAUCCGAAGACGAUAUUCGUCAAAGCUCAUUACGAUCUCAAUCACGAUCACGAUCUGUGAGGUCACGCUCAUCAUCUAGGGUACGUAGCUUCUCUCAAGGUUCCCACAACCAAUCAACUAGGUCAUCCGCCAGCGAAGCUUUAAUUGCGACUGCGGUGUCAGUUGCAAAAGUAGUACCGUCAUCGCCUACAGCCUCUCGGUUUGGUGCAAUCCCGAGAGUGGGAGAGAAGGUAUUCGCUCGAGGUGUCUUGCUAGCAUACACAUUCUAUGUACUGGGACAAGGAAGGGAGAAGAGAUUCACCGAAAUGAUUAUUACCAACGCUGGUGGUAUAAUUGCAUCUUCCGAAUCCGCCAUCUUCCUUAUCGUUCUCUUAUCACCCGAUCAGAAUGCAUCGCUAGCAGACCAUCCUGAAGUAUACAGAAUGGUCAGAAAGAUACAAAGCGAGCCUGGUAGGAGGGCAGUCUCGGUCGAUUGGGUGGAAAAUUGUAUAGAACGGGAUACACUGUUACCUCUCGAGGGUUUCGUGAUGGUCGCUGGUGAGGAGGGAAGUGCCGAGAUGAUCACUCCUCCACCCAAUGGGAGUGGCUCGAGUGAUUCAGGAGGUAAGAAGAGGGAUGGAGGGGCCAGGGAUGGUCGAGAAGGCAGUGAGAAAAAAUGUAGGACUUAG